GAAACAUGAUAUAGUAGGGAAAGUGUGAAAGAGAAUUGAGUGUUAUAUAAAGAGAAUGGAGGAGUAUCACAUAAAGGCAAUGGAAGAGGUCAUGAGAGGGUGUGAGUUUGCUGAGCAGCUUCAGCAAUUACUGCUCAAUAAUAAUACUAAUAAUUUGAUGAAAACACCAACCUCAAUAUUUGUUCAACAUCUUGUCAACAAUGUCAUCAACUCAUUUAACAAUACCAUAUUUCUCAUGAGCAAAGGAAACCCUAGUGACCAAAUUCAAAAGGAAUUUUCUUCCAUUGCUCCAGUAGUUAGAUCUGUCGACUUCAAAGAAAAUUGGAAGAAGACUUCUGCAACUAGAGGAUGUAACAAAAGAAGAAACAUUACACAAACAUGGGAGAAGGUGACACAAACUCCAACAGAUGAUGAUGGGCAUCAAUGGAGAAAAUAUGGCAAAAAAAAGAUCAACAAUUCUCCAUACUUAAGGAACUACUACAGGUGUACUCACAAGUUUGAUCAAAGAUGCCUAACAACCAAGCAUGUGCAUAGAAUUCAACAAAAACCUCCCUUGUAUAAGACAACCUAUUAUGGUCACCACACUUGUGGAAACUUGCCCAACCCUGACAUCAUACUUGAUCCUAAUGACACUUCUUCCUUGUUACUUAGCUUUAAUAAUACAUUCCCAACUCCAACAAAACAAGAAUGUCCCUUUUUGUCAUCACCAUCAUCUUUUUCUUCAACACAUUCAGAGGAGUAUAACGAUGAAGUUCCUUCAUCAACCUUAGUGAAUACUAACCUGCCUUGCUCUGAUCUCACUUUACAUAAUUCUACACUUGAAUAUGGUCACAAUGAUAUGAUGCAUGGUUUAUUGUAUGAUACUGUUCAGUUUAAUGAUGAUUUCUUUCAACCUUUUGAUGGCUUCGUAGUGGAAUAAGAUGCUGCCACUAUAGACAGUGAUGCUCAUUUAAUUGGCUUUGAUUUAUUUAAUUUAUAGUU